GACUUUUGGAUAGCACUCAUCCAUAGGGGGAUCGCGCUUAUCACCUUAGUCACUAAUAUCACAACGGAUGCCCUUAUGGCGUACCUCGAGUCCUACUCUGGUCUAGAGGUGCUUUCGUUGUCUCCGGUGAACGAUCAUCACGCGGAGGCGUUCUAUCAACGCGUUCUCAUGCAGCAUGCCUAUACUUUGAGAAAGCUCUCCAUCGAGAUCGAGUCAGUGGGGAGAUGGUGUGUUGGUCCGCGUGCUUUCGAGAUGAUAUCCCAGUGCACGGGUCUAGUCGAGCUGAACAUGCCCGUCUACGUGAACGGGGUUGUGUAUAAUACCCAAAAAACGGCAGUGAGUAUCUCACAAACCCGGUCCUGA